CACGAAACCAAAACAAAAAUUGCUUCGUCGAAAUUUCUUCUGCGACAAACGGUUGUUUUGCCACAAGCUGAGUAGUUCGUGUAUUUAGGUGAACGGUUGAAACCUGCAGUAAUUUCCAAUUUUUGGAUUAUUUAAUUUGGUGGUUCUGGAUCUAUGUGCUCAUUAUAAUUGAGAAUUAGAAUAAAAAUAUACAAAAGUGCGGGGAAAAGUUGUUAAUUUUGAUGUGCAAGAGCAUCGGCAGCGAAGCCAAUCUGUGUCUGAUUCGCAAGAAGACCACAAAGUUGUGGGAAAAGUGGUAGACGUUAAUAAAGAAAAAUUGCGUUUCUGAUAAAGUGUGCUGUUUUCCGCUCAUUGCUCUUUCGUAUUCCUACCACCAACUUGAUUGUCAAAAAUUGCAGCGCUGGAUUCCUAAAACGCUAUUGUGAAGCCCUGAAGGUUUUGGAGAUUGUGAGGUUACUGAUCUUAUUGCAGCUUUUGCAAACUCCACCUUUAAGCGCAUUUUGAGAGUUAUAACGAUAUUUAAAGCACCUGCUAUAAAAGUACAAGUCCUUCCGUAAGAGUGUAUGCAUUGGAGUGAGUGAAAGAUUGCGCGUUGUGUGAACGUCGUUUCCGUUUAAACUCUGUGACAAACUUGCAUACCUAAACUAACGUAAAACUCAGGCGAAUCUUAGCAAGCGUUAAACUCUAUUUUGGUAGUGAAAGAUGGAAAUCGAAACCGCCCAACGAAAUGGUAAUGUGGACUCGCGCGAUAGCUCCGUGGAGCGCGAACUCAACGAGGACGUGCAGGCUGUUGAGCUAAAUGGCUCGUCUGGGUCACCGAAAGGCAUGAAUGGGCACAUGAAGAAGCCCUUGCCCGUUGGAGAUGGUCAUGAUCGCAUCAAGCGGCGUGCCAAGCGUCUCAUACACAGACAAAAUAGUCGUGGCGAGACGAAUGGCGCUGCCAGUGCAGCACUCGCUGCGGCCGUUAAUGGCAGCGCUGGCGGCUAUGUGGUGCCACAUCGUCGCUGGAAGAAUAGUCGUCGGUCGCGCAACGGCUACGGACGCGGCUUGCCGAAAAAAGGCGGCGCUGGUGGUAAGGGUGUUUGGGGCUUGCUUGGUUCGGAGGCGCUCGAAGAAGUGUAUGAAGAUGAGAAUGAUCCCAACUACGAUAGCGAAUGUAAUGAUAAGAAUAUCGAGUUGCGUGAAGUUAUUCCGGAGUUGACACCGGAAGAAUUCUUCAAAUUAGCUGAACCAAUUGUAUUGGAGUAUUAUGAGCACGGUGAUACCCAUGAGGUGGCUGUGAGCUUUGACGAGAUACUUACCGGUCCGCUGCGACCAUACGUGACAAGCGUUGUGGUUGAGAUCUCAAUGGAUCAUAAGGAUUCGCAGCGUGAAAUGACAUCGGUAUUGAUAUCCGAUUUGUAUGGACGCGUCAUAACCGCGAAGGAUAUCGAAAAGGGUUUCGAGAUUUUGCUGGAUAAUUUGCCAGACUUGACACUGGACACUCCGGAGGCGCCUACCAUACUAGGCAAUUUCCUAGCACGUGCUGUCGCCGAUGACUGCCUCCCACCCAAAUUCGUCACAAAGCCGACCGAUCUCGAUGCGCAGAGCCAACAUGCUGCCGCUGCUAUACGUCGCGCUGACACCUUAAUGCACAUGAAGCAGGGCUGGGCACAUUUGGACAAUGUUUGGGGUAUGGGCGGGCCGUUGCGACCAGUCAAGACCAUCACCAAGGAGAUGACAUUGCUAUUGAAGGAGUAUUUGUCAUCACGCGACAUACAAGAGGCACAUCGCUGUCUACGCGCACUCGAAGUACCACAUUUCCAUCAUGAAUUGGUGUAUGAAGCCAUUGUCAUGACUCUCGAAUCCCUCAGCCAGAAUACGGAGGAGGCCAUGUGUGAGCUACUCAAGUCGUUGGAUAAGGCAUGCUUGGUAUUGCCAGCCGGCAUGGAGCAGGGCUUCUUGCGCGUAUUUGACGAUAUGGCUGACAUUGUCUUGGAUGUGCCACUUGCUUAUAUAAUAUUGGAUCGCUUUCUAGAGCGUUGCAAUCAAGCUGGUUUUAUAACUGAAAAGAUUUUAAAUAAUAUGCCCUCUCGAGGACGUAAACGUUUUGUCUCCGAAGGAGACGGUGGCCAUAUUAAGCCACAAACUAUUCCAAUUCGUGACUAAAAAAGAAACAACAAAAUUAUAAUUAAACGCAAAUACAAAAUCAACAACAACAAGCACUUUUUAACCACAAAAUAACUGCAUUCUUUCUACAAAACAAACGACAAUUAAAACAAAAACAAGAACUACACAAUACAACUAUAGCCAACAAAAAAAAAACGGAAUAAAAGAAAAAUGAAAAAGUUUAAUUAGUAUCAACUUUAGAAUCAAGUGAAAACUGUGAGGAGAAAUUGACACCGACCAGCAGCAAAAAGGAAAUGCCAGAAAUUUAACUAACUAUUUCCAAAAACCCUCAUUUUCUUCAUAAACUCACCCACAACCGAAAACAAGAGUAUAAUAUAGUGUAUUCGCAAAUAAACCGCAACAAAACUUAUCAACGAAGAAGGGAAGAACCCUGGAAAGCAAAAAAAAAAAACAAAAAAUUGACAAAAAAUCGACGACAACCGCAAGAAGGCCACGAACUUUACAUUUAUUGGUACUUGCAUCAGCUUUGUUUCAAUUUGAAGAAGAUUAACGAACCUUCCAUGUAACUAUUUGUUAGUAGCAUUAGCUCUAUGUAUGUAAGUAUGUAUGCAGUAAAUAGUUGGAGCAUAAAACGCAAUAACCAAUAGAUGGCAAAAACAAAAAAAAAGAAACACAAACGAAAAUAACUGCAAAACUUGGAACAAGCAGUAAAUGCGCAUACAUACACAAAGCAACAAUAUGCAAGGCGUAAUCAACAACAAUCAAUCAAUUUUACUUGUUUCUUAUUACUAUCCACAAAGCAUGUUUUAGUAAACUGCUUUUUUUACUUUAUACUGAAUGUAAUUUUUAAGUUUUUAUUGCUAUGAUUUGAAUUUUCGCAAAUUUAUUGUACGCGUCUGCUGAAGUUUGACUAAAACGAAUUAUCGCAUUUUUUGUUUGUAUAAAACUUUUGUAGAAAAACAAACGAAAAAAUGCAAAUAUUAUGCGUGGAAAAUUGAGUAAAAACUGAAAAAUUGUAAUUUGUGAAAUAAAAACAGCGUAAAUGAUAUGAGUAUUGUAAAAUGAAAAUGUUUUGCUUUUUAUAUUUUUCCUCUUGAUAGUGGCGAAACAAAGCAAUUUAAU